AUGCACUGGAUUAGAAAUAAGAAACAUGGGCAUGAUAGUUUUGCAGCUGCAAAGUUGGACAUGAGUAAAGCGUCUGACAGAGUUGAAUGGAAAUUUCUUCGUGCUAUGUUGGUGAUUCUCAGAUUUCCACUUCCCCUGAUUGAUCUCGUUAUGCAGUGUAUUGGCACAGUGGAGUUUUCUUUUGUCAUCAACAGUAAAGUUUAUGGCUCGAUCAUCCCAUCUCGGGGACUUCGUCAAGGCUGCCCUUUGUCCCAUUUCCUGUUUGUCGUUUGCGCACAUGGCUUUUCGUCUCUUCUCCGACACUUUGAGAAUCAAGACGACAGCCUUAUUUUUUUAAAGGCUAACGAGCAAACUGCUGAUCACCUUGGGAACGUUUUUAAGAUCUAUGAGAAGGCUUCUGGUCAGAUUAUCAAUUAUGAAAAGUCGGCUAUAUCUUUUAGCCCUAAUGCAACUGAAGAUGUUAUCGAGAAGGUCACUGCCUCUUUGGGUAUUAUCGAAACUGCUGGCCAUGCGGUUUACUUGGGACUUCCGACCUUCAUUCCUCGACAAAAGAAACUUCACUUUGAUUAUCUGAGAGACCGGGUUGCAAAGAAAUUCCGUUCAUGGGAUCAUAAGUUAUUUUCUGCAGGAGGAAAAGAGACGCUCAUUAAAUCAGUGAUUCAAUCAAUUCCCACGUACACAAUGUCUUGUUUUCGCAUUCCGGUGGGUGUUUGCUCGGAUAUUGAAAGAGAGUGUGCUCGGUUUUGGUGGGGUGAUACGGCUGAUGCUCGAAAGCUUUAUUGGGCGAAAUGGUCUCAUCUCUGCCAGCCCAAAGCGUCGGGAGGGCUUGGUUUCCGUCAACUUAUCCCUUUUAAUCAAGCCUUGUUGGCCAAAUAA